AUGAAUCGAAUAGAAGAACCUCCUUCGCGAAGCCCUUUCUCUGGCCCAACAGAUGUCUCCAACAAGUCCAGAACAAUUCCCGUCCUCUCCUCGUCAAUUGCUCCAUCGGAUCACCCACAGGGUGACCCCAUGGACCUCAGUCCCUCCUCACCGGCCACAAUGGCUCCUCCUGGCAAUAAUAAUAGCGACAGCCCUGAAACAGAGCAUGCGGGAGGCGCCAGCAACAACAAUACCAACAACAAUGCCAACAGCAAUACCGUCAAUCAUAGUACAAACGGCGCUGCACCUGCAUCAACAACGAUCGGAGGAGACUCCGGCCACGCGCUGAAUCAACCCAUCGGGGCUGCUGCAGCUGCGCAACAGCCAAAGGUAGUUCAAACUGCCUUUAUACAUAAACUAUACAGUAUGCUCCAAGAUCCCGGAAUCCAACACUUGAUUUCGUGGUCCAGCACAAAUGAAAGCUUCGUUAUGUCCCCGUCUCAGGAUUUUGCAAAGGUUUUGGCUCAAUAUUUCAAACAUACAAAUGUCUCCUCCUUCGUUAGGCAGUUGAACAUGUAUGGAUUCCAUAAAGUCAGCGAUGUCUUUCACACAGGGUCUCCUGACUCUCAGAUGUGGGAGUUCAAACAUGGCAACGGCAAUUUUAAGAAAGGCGACGUGGCCGGCCUUCGGGAAAUCAGACGACGCGCCUCUAGGCAAACCCUGAUCCAUCGCGAUUCCUUUUCUGGACAUAAACCAAAUGCAUCCCAGCCUGGAACUCCCGCUGAACCAACUCCAGAUAGUUCCGAUUCCAGGGUGAUCGAUUCUAGACUCCUUAAUACGGAACACAACGUCUUCGAACUCUAUUCUCGCCUCUCCCGUGUGGAGGAAAACUAUUCAAUGUUAGCCUCGAGGUGUCAAGCUUUGACUGAGAGCUUAGUCCGAUGCCACCAAUGGUCCAAUUCCAUGUCACAUUUCGUCAUGUCCCUUGUCCCCGAUCCCGAGAAUGCUAUUCAUAGAGAUGCUGCCAACAUGCAACGUGAGGUCUCACGACAACUGGACGCCAUACGUUCCCUGGAAAAUCCCCAUGAAUCCCUUUUAUCUGGACGACAACCAUACUUUGGCAGCAUGACCCUCCAUUCCGGCCCACCCCUCUCUCCGCGCCAGAUGCCACAAGACGACAACCGGCGUCCUUCUAUGGCCCAGCCUCCAGUCCCCGUCCACCUCUCCGUUUCUCCACGUCGAUACGGCUCAAUUGGUGCUGCAAACUCAUCCCCAGAUUACAACCGCCCACAAAUAUCCACACAAUAUUCAGCAACGACAGCAACGCACCAACUCCACCCGCUCUCCGCCGUAAGCUCACCCUCAGGCCCCAAUCUAGGCCGCCGUCACACCUCCGCCGACAUCCGCGAACACUGGGCAAGUACCACCACAAACAACACCUAUCCCCUUGGCUCGAUCAACCCCAACCCUCCCUCCUCAUCCUCCCAAUGGCCCCCAUCUCCACAGCGCACCGGCCCGCCCAACAAUCCCGUCCACAUCCCCAUGAGCAUGAGCAUGAACAUGAAUAUGAACCCAGUUCCCAACGCUGGUGACCACCAACACGUCCGCGACGUCCUCGCGAAGUACGAAAUGGGCGGGCCAAGACGCCAAGACUCCUCACGUCAUCCCACCCCUCCACUGCCACCAAUAGCGGUCGAUCCCGUCGCCGCAAACACCAACACCAACAACAACAACACCGCUACCACCACCCCCCCACACGCCCCUCCACACACCUCUUCCUCCUCCUCAUCGACAUUAAAUCCAGAAAGCGGCUGGUCGAUUGGGGGGCCGAAAUUCCCACGCCCAACUGACUCGUCGUUACCUGCCACGCGCCGAUCGAGUAUGGCUAGCAAUGUGCAUUCGUUGCUUAAUCCGACGGCGACGGCAGAGAGGCUCGAUGAGGACGAUGGAGCGGGGGAAGAUCGGAAGAGAAAACGGUUACAAUGA